AUGUCUUCUGCAGAAGUACCGCCUAAAGAAUUGUAUUACUACGGAGGCUACGGUUAUGACAAUGGCCUCUCAGACGGUGCGCGCGCUGGUAUCGGCGUUGGUGUAUCCUUGUUUGUAAUCAUUGUCGUGGUGCUUAUUGCUUUGGCUGUCUCGCGUCGUCGUAGCCGCCCAUUCAUGCCAACAUUUCGCCCAGGAUACAAUACGGGUAUAUACCCACCGAACCAACCGAGUUACGAAGCACAGCCAUACCAAGCGCAACCGUAUCAAUCUCAACCGUAUCAGACACAAUCGUACAUGGGCUCUCCCGGUGCAGCUCAUUGGCAACAAGCCCGACCAGCUACCCAAGAUGAACCGUACACGACAGGCAACCAAGAGUAUGCCCCACCACCGUAUCCGCCGCCAUCGUACCCCCCUCCCGCUGGCUCCCCACCUAACAAAACUGCUCCUUAA